AAGGUGGACAAAAUGACAGACCCAAGAAAAACAAUUUCACGAGAAAAAACAUAAAAAUUUGUUUAGUCUAAACCGGCGAUGUUAUUGAGUGAAUAGCAGAAUAGAAUACGAAAGAUUUUACCAAACUAUUUUAAUUUAUUAAGAAAACGAUUAGAAUUAACCAAAAAAAAAAAAUAAAUAAAAAAAAUAAAAAUGCUCAGCCUAAGAGAAAAAUUGGAUAAGGAAAAGAAAGAACAAAUGGAUAAUAAUUUUGCCACUCCCUUGGCAGGAACUCAUUUAAAUUUGCCCAAGGAGCCAAUAUCCAUUCUUUGUCCCAGUUGUGGCCAGAAUCAGCUAACCCAAGUCCAUGUCGAACAAAAGAAAUGGUCGACAACCUGUAAUGAUAUUUAUUCGGCAUUGUUUUAUGGUCUCUGUUGCUGCUUCUGUUUCGACUAUAAAAAAAUAGUUUAUCGCACAGAUGUCAAUCAUUAUUGUCAAAAUUGCAGCUGCUAUUUGGGUCGAGCAAAACGCGUGCCUCCGGUAACCAGACACAAAGGCAAUCAUCUCAGCAGUAAAUACACCAACUAAUUGGACAAAUGGAAAAAACUUUGUGCCGAGUGUGUUGUAAUUAAUUAUUAAAAAAUUAAACGAAAUUAUAUGUAUUAAGAAAACGAAUUUUUAAAUUGCAAUAAAAAUAUAAAUUAUUAAAAUCA